UUUUCUCUAUAGGUUUGUAUGAUUUUGAUAUUGGUACCUUGUUGCUUGUCCAAAUUAUUAUAAUGUUUCUUUCCCUUGUUCUGCAGGAGGAUUAUGACAAGUUGGUUUCACAUCCACGACGCAUAUGGAAUGAGUCAACUGUUGGUGCUGGUCUUCCAGUCAUAUCAUCAAUAAAUCGCAUAAUUUCAUCUGGAGACCCCAUCCAUCGUAUUGUUGGAAGUUUUAGUGGUACUUUAGGUUACGUAAUGAGUGAGGUUGAAGAUGGCAAGCUAUUGAGCCAAGUAGUUAAAUCCGCUAAAAGCUUGGGAUACACUGAACCAGAUCCACGGGAUGACCUUAGUGGUAUGGAUGUUGCGAGGAAGGCUUUGAUCCUUGCCCGACUUCUUGGGAGGCCCAUUGACUUGGGUAGCAUAAGGAUUGAGAGCUUGUAUCCCGAAGACAUGGGGACCUACUAAGAUGUCUGUUGAAGAUUUUUUAAUGGUGGGCUUGUAAAGCUUGA